AUGUGGGUAACAAGAUGCUCAUCUUUCUCAAUGGGUACCAUAACUUUCGCGAAGCAUUCAUCACGAACCCGGACCUUUUUACAAAUAAAGCAAGCACAUUCAUUACGGAAAAACUCGGCCAAGGAAAAGAGUUCUACACUUCUGCUAUCUCUCCCCACCUCUCUUUCUCGCUGUUUCUUUUUUUUUCUUUUUUUUAUUCUCCUUUUCUUUUCUUUUUUGUUUUUCUUUUUUCACUGUUUUCCUUUUCUUUCUUUUUUGUUUUUCUUUUUUCUUUCGGUUCUCUCAAUCUCGCUCGCGUGUCACGGAUUUUGCAAGCAUGAAAAUGUACUGGAAGCAUACAUCAUUUCUUUCUUUCUCUUCAUUUUUCAUUUAUUUUGUUCUUAUUUUUUAUCGUUCGGGGUGAAAUCGUUCACGUACUUUCAACUCCCCCCCUCUCUCCCUCUCUCUCUCUCCCUCUCUCUCUCUCCCUCUCUCUCUUUCACUCUUUCUGCCUCUCUCUCUCUCUCUCUCUCUCUCUCUGCUUCUUUUUUCUUUUUUCUCUCAAUCCCGAUUAUCACAGAUUUUACAAGCAUGCAAAUGUACUGGCAACAGCAAACAAAAAUAUAUUUUUCUUUCAUUCUCUCUUUCUUGCUUGCUUUCUUUCUUUCUUUCUUUCUUUCUUUCUUUCUUCUCAUCGCUCUCAUUUUUUAUUAUUUUGAUCAUUUUACCAACUUUUCGAAUUUUCAAUUUUUACUCUCAAACAGCACAGAUUUUACAAGUAUUACAAAUGUAUUUGGCGCAACAGGCACAAGAAGAAUAUCACAAAUUUUACAAGUACUCAAACGUUCUACACGCAACGGUUACGUUUACUUUAUAACCAACUGCUUGAUUUUUUUUUUCUUUUUCCCUUUCUUUUUUUAUUCGUUUCUUUAUUUCUUUCAUUUCAUUUUUUCCCCUCUCACUCUCUAA